GGCACACGAGACAGUGGCAGGAGCCAGGGCACAGCAGGGUGUUCUGUAUCCCACCAUCAGUGAUGGGGUCUAUAGGUGUAUGUAGUAGUAGUAGUAGUAAUAGUAGUAGUAGUAGUGUGUGUGUAGUGUGUAGUAUGCACUGUGUGUAGUGCACCUGUUCCGGUCAGGCGAGGGGUGAAGUACAACCACGUGCCUUCAGCAGUGGUGGCGGCGGCGGCGGCACAGAGGGGACUAAGCGAGAGGUCUGAACAUGAAGUACAAGAAGUUCAUCACCAUCAUGCAAGCAGCCAUUGGGGUCGCGCCCCUCAACAAAAGAGAGCUGAUGCCCCCUGGCAGGAAACUAUGGAGGCCCUCUGGGGAUCAGACCGGUACAGACGUCUUCAAGUUCUAUCUGACCAAAGAAGCCCAGUAUUUGUGUCUUCGUCGACUCUCCACUCCAAACUACAUAACCAUCAUAAAGAACCCGGUUAUGGAGGAGACGGUGUGGGAGCAGUACACGGUGACCUUACAGCGGGACUCCAAAAUGGGGUUCGGUAUCGCUGUGUCCGGCGGGAGGGACAAUCCAAAUGAAGAAAGUGGAGAAAUCUCAAUCGUUGUUUCAGAUGUUCUUCAAGGAGGGCCUGCAGAAGGCCUGCUAUUUGAGAAUGACCGGGUGAUCCAGGUCAACACAGCUCCCAUGGAUAAUGUCCCUCACUCCUUCGCAGUGCAGACUCUUCGCAAGUGUGGCAAAGUCGCCAAAAUAACAGUAAAGAGGUCGCGGAAGGUUCCUGUCAACAUGCUGAAGCGUGCUCCCUCCCCAGACGAUCGUGUUUUCAGUAACACCGACUACAACGACGAUUACGACUACGAUCAGGACAGACGCAGCGUGUACAGCCGACCAGAUCACGAGAUCGUAUCAGAGCGCGGCUACCCCGACUCAGAGUAUGAUUAUGAUCGCGGCAGCCGCGGUCGAGCGCUGGACCGGGACUUCAGCCCCGACCGUCCGUACCGUCGGGACGGCAGCCGGGGACGACUGCUGGACCGCGAGCGAAGCCCCGACAAUCGCUACCGAAGUGACCGCACCCUGGACCGCGACCGGAGUCCUGACCGUAGGUAUCGCAGCGAACACACCCUGGACCGGGACUACAGCCCUGACCGCAGUUACCGUGGCGACCGAGGCCGAAGCCCCGACCGACGCUACCGCAGCGACCACACUCUGGACCGGACGCACAGCCCGGACCAGCGCUACAGAGACCGAGAGCCCCGGAGGUACGAGUCCCGGCAGGAGGAGCCCCCGAAGAGGAGCGGCAGCCGAGACCGUCUGGACCGCUCGCCCUCGCCUCCUCCACCACGAGACCCAGAACCCCUCGACAAACCCGUCAGCGUCAUGCUGCUGAAGAACCGGCCAAACGAUGAGUAUGGCCUGCGUUUGGGCAGUCAGCUCUUCAUUAAGGAGAUGACCAGCACAGGACUGGCCUCCAAAGACGGAAACCUGCAGGAAGGAGACAUCAUUCUGAAGAUAAACGGUACAGUCACAGAGAAUCUGUCUCUGAGUGAUGCGGGAAAGCUGAUCGAGAAGUCUCGAGGGAAGCUGCAGCUGGUGGUGCAGAGAGACCGCCGGCAGAUUCUGGUCCGGAUGCCUCCGAUGGCCGACAGUGAUUCAGAACUGGAUGAUAUUUCUGAGAUCGAGUCUUAUCGGUCAUAUUCGCCCCAAGACGAUAGACGUGGACACCACUCAGACCUGUCCUCACACUCCUCCAACGAAAGGCUACGGGAAAAGCCAAGGGAUGAGCCUCCAAACAGACUGGCUAAGAUGGGCGCUAAACCGACACCAUUCCGAACAGCUCCGGCUCCAGAUCUGGAUCUGCCACCUCCUCCUCCAGUGGAGCUGGAUGAGCCUCACAUUGAGGAACCUCCAGCUCCAGUGAUCAGUGCUGCCCCAAAAAUUAGUAUUCCACCAAAACCAAAAGCUGUUCGAAAGGUCCCACUUCAACCAAGCCCAGAAGACCUGGAGAUCUACGGGCCCAACACAGUGAUGAUGCGCUUCCAGAAGGGUGAGAGUGUGGGGCUGAGGCUGGCAGGGGGAAACGAUGUGGGUAUUUUCAUCGCUGGAGUUCAGGAGGACAGCCCUGCUGAAGUGGAGGGGCUCCGAAUGGGGGAUCAGAUAAUGAAGGUGAAUAGCAUGGACUUCAGAGGCAUGGUGAGAGAGGAUGCCGUUCUGUAUUUGUUGGAGAUCCCAAAAGGAGAGGAUGUCACUAUCCUGGCACAGAGCAAACCAGAAGUGUAUAGUGACAUCCUGUCUUCAGGCAGAGGGGAUAACUUCUUCAUCAGAACUCAUUUUGACCAUGAGAAAGAUGCUCCGCAGGGCCUGGCCUUCACCAGGGGAGAGGUGUUUAAGGUGGUGGACACGCUGUAUGACGGCAAACUGGGAAGCUGGCUGGCCAUCCGCACUGACCGAGACAACCAGCUACUAGAGAAGGGAAUCAUCCCCAGCAAGAGCAGGGCUGAACAGAUGGCCAACGUGCAGAGUGCCCAGAAAGGCGGGGGCAGUGACCGAGGGGACUUCUGGAGGCUGAGAGGUCAAAGAGCAGGCAAGAAGAAGGACCUGCGCAAAAGCAGAGAGGACCUUACUGCCAACCCGGGGACCACGCGCUUCCCAGCGUACGAGAGGGUGGUGCUGCGAGAGGCUGGGUUCAGGAGGCCUGUGGUUAUUUUUGGGCCGAUCGCAGAUGCGGCCAACGAGAAGCUGGCGAAUGAUAUGCCGGAGGAGUUUGUUCUUGCAAAGACAGAACCUAAAGAUGCAGGCUCUGAGAAAUCUUCAGGAGUGGUGAGGCUCAACACCAUCAGACAGAUCAUUGAACAGAACAAGCACGCUUUGCUCGACGUCACCCCCAAGGCUGUGGACACCUUGAACUACACCCAGUGGUACCCCAUCGUAGUCUUCCUCAACCCAGACAGCAAGCAGGGCGUGAAGACCAUGAGGAACCGCCUGGUGCCUGGCUCCAGCCGCAGCUCCCGCAAGCUCUAUGAGCAGGCUGUGAAACUGAGGAAGACCUGCUCCCACCUCUUCACUGCCACUGUAGAUCUCAGCUCAGCUCAUGAUGCGUGGUAUGGAGGUCUGAAGGAGACCAUUCGCGAGCAGCAGAGCAAAGCUGUGUGGGUCUGUGAGGGAAAACUGGAUGGCACGGAGGAGGAUCUGGACCUUCAUGAUGAUCGCAUGUCCUACUUGUCAGCCAUGAGCGCGGACUACCUCAGCAUGGACAGCCGUCUGACCAGUGAUUACGAGGACACUGCUGAUGAGGGAGGAGCUUACACCGAUAACGAGCUGGACGAGCCCAUGGAUGAGCCGCAGGUGUCUGGAACCAGCCGCUCCUCAGAGCCGGUAAUGCCUGAUGAGAGACCGGCUCCUGUACCCCGUAUGAAGCGGGCCGGCAGCAGAGAGGUGCUGCGAGACCCCAGCCCCCCUCCCUCCUUCGUUCCAGAGCCUCCUAAGGUGAGAUCUCACACUCGCAGCAGCGACAACAGAAGUUUUGACUCUCACUCCAGCAGCACAGUGAGCAGCGACACCCCCGUCAGCUCUAAACCUCUGCCACCCCCCGUGGCUCUCAAACCCAGCUUCUCCGGUCGACCCGCUCCGGCCCAGGAACCAAACUCAAACGCAGAAGAUCCAGCCAGCCGCUCGUUCCUCGGCAAGGUGAAGGCCUUUGAGCAGAUGGACCACCUGGCCCGAGCGCAGAGGAUGCUGGAGCUGCAGGAGGCUGAACAUGCACGGCUGGAAAUCUCCCAGAAGCAUCCUGAUAUUUAUGCGGUUCCCAUCAAACCCAAGCCCAACCAGAACAGACCACAACCUAUUGGGUCCAGUUCGAACUCUGAAUCCCACGGCUCAUCUUCCAAACCGCCCUACAUGGAGGGUCGAGGACCGUACCGCUCCACUGCUGAAGAUGACGAGGAAGAUUAUCGCCGUCAGCUGUCUGACCAAACUCGCAGAGGCUACUACAACCCACAGAAAUACAACGACACUGAACUGUAGGACUCCCAGCAGCCUCCGUGAUUACAAUUUCACCAAUUGUUGCUUUACCAAUAAAUAUGUACUUUCAUAGAAACCAUGGCAAGAUUGGGCAACCUUAACAGAACAAUCUGUUGAGAAUCUGUUGUAGCUCCCUCUUUUUUUGGCAAAAUUUUGCAAAAUUGUAUUCUAAUAUUUAGUGUUAUUUAUCAAUUAUGAGCAACAUAAAUAAUCAAUUUGAUUAAAUGAGGUUUUUGCAAAACCAUUAAAAAGCUUGUCCAAUCUUUCAUCAGUUGCUAUGAAACUUUACAUUUAUGGGCGGAGCUUAGAUAAGCACAUAACAACCUGAUCCAGUGUUUUACAACGAACACUGGCAACCUUUAAUCAAUGUUUGGUUGCUGUUCUAAACCCACGUUUGAUUACAGACUUCUGAAAAUCAUGCCCUUUUAAGAAAAUCCAGCAUAAAAAAGGGACUUUUUCCCUUGAAUGUCUCGAGAUCAUUGGAUGCUUGGAGUUGCAUGGUAGUUCCUAAGUUUUGAGAAUAUGAAUGAUGCAAUAUCUAUAACAACUUUACUUUUAAUUCUAGAAUAUGCUGAUGUUUGUUGGACAAUAUUGGAUCAGUGUGUUCUGUACGACCUUUAGGAACCAGUUUCCCAGACAGGGAUUAAGCCUAGUUUUGGACUAACCAGCAUUUUGAGAUUUGUAGAUUUUCCAUUAGAAUAAAUUAUAGUCUACGACUACAUUUUCAUUUACAUUUUUUAGCAUUUUAGCUGAAUUUAGCUUAUCCAGAGUGGCUUACAAGGUUGUUCUUAUUUCAGAGGUGGACCGAUGUAGUCUUAGGAGUGACGCCCGUGACUCUUAUUGGUGUAUUGAACUGCAGUCUCCCACAUAAUAUGGUAGGUCACUGACAAGUGGUGGUGUUAUCCACUGUGCUACACCAAUUACUGUAAGACUAGGCUUAAUCUCUGUUCAGGAACCCUAACUCAUGGUGUUUUGGCUUCUGAGUUUGCUGUUAAAUUACACGUUUAACACUUUAUCAUUCAUCACCUCUCUCAGUAUACUAAGGGCUUUGUGAAAGCAUGCAUUUAUUAAAUAUGGAUGGGGAGUGUGGAGUUGAGCAUAUAUAGCACUACCUGCCGUCCUUUUCUGAAAAGUGAACAUGCUCUAUUUUUCUGUUUUUAUAUUUUUAUGUUUUUUAUAUGAAACAGAAAGACGUGGUGUAUAUUUUCAUGUAGCUUCACUAUUCUAUUGACUGUUCUAUUGAAUAUUUUGUUACAUAUCUCUGAAAAAUGAUUUUAUUCAUCUGUAGUAUCUGUAUUGUUUCCUCUAUUGAGAGUUUAUAAAUAUUGGAAUAUAAAGAAAAAGACAAUCUAUGUAUGAAUGAGAUCUAAGAGAUGAUCUAUCCUGUUCUGUUCACCUGCCUUAAAAGCUUUUGGAAGGCUUUUGGAAGAGGUACAGCUACAGUUUGUCAUGUUUAUGCGUAUUCUACUGAAUUUCCAUACUAUAUACUGAAUUUUUAUACCAGCUUUUUUGAAUACAUAUUUGGAUACACUGGAAAUGUGAUUGGUUAAUAGUAGGUCCGUACGAUUUCUGUAUCUUUAUUAUGAUCUCUGCUCUGGACUCCCUGUGAAAGUGGAUAAUGUAGAAAAUCAAAAGUGUUUUUAAACUUGUCAAAGACAAUAAAAUUAUAAUAAUAAAUGAAACACAGAAA